AUGUCCCACCACGACGAGCCCGCCGACAACGAGGGCUUCCGACCGGAGCAGAACACCCAGACCAACGACGUCCUCCGCCGCCCUUCCCUCGUUUCGUCGCGAACACUCUCCGACUCUGGACGCCGCAUCUCCUCACAACAUGUCCGGUUCUCAACAGACCUCGACCGCCCCUCGGCCGAGGAACAAAGACAGACAAACUGGGACCGCCGUCCUCAUUCCCGUGGCUUGACUAUUGAUACGGCGCUGGCGCCUCCGUCUGUUCCACCCGCUGGUCGCUCGCCUACAUCGCCGCUUUCGCCUAAUACCCAAACCCAAACCGCAAACGCGAAUGCGACCCUUUCCCCGAUAUCCCCGUCAAGUCCUGAGUCCGCUGGACGGUCUCGUUCGCGAAACCGUGGCUAUUCGCUACGUCGCACCAUCUUUAACAAGACUAUUCACUCGAAUACGGAGCAGGAUGAUCUUGCCCUGGCUGAGCUGGGCGAGGCCAAGGAGCCUGCUGCGGAGGUGGCUCCAAUUCCGGCUGCGACUGUUGAACGGGCUAGCUCCGAUGAGAAGAAUGCGUUGAGUUUCGCGCCGACGGCGACGCUGGAUUCGCAGCAUAAGGAGGAGGUUUCAACAUAUGUCUCUUCUGAGCCUUCUGAGAAGGCUUUCAAGGGUCAGUUUUCUAUGCCUAUGGCACACCAAAAAUGGAUUGGGAGAAAGGCUGCUGUUGAGCUGCGCAUUCAGGAAAUUUUGACUUCUGUUCAGAAGUUCAUUCUGCGUAUCAAGGAUAUCCCACCUACGAGGGAUGGCCGUCAUCUUGAUUUGAAUCCUUCUGAGGUUGAUACCAUGAUCGAUGAGCGCACCAACAAGCCUUACAUUAGCAAUUCGAUUCGCUCGAGUCGGUACAGCCUGUGGAGUUUCUUCCCUCGUCAGCUGUUCGCUCAGUUUACCAAGGUGGCCAAUUUCUACUUCUUGGUUGUUGCUAUUUUGCAGAUGAUUCCCGGUCUGAGUACGACUGGAACGUACACCACCAUCGUUCCGCUUUUGAUCUUCGUUGGUAUCUCGAUGGGUAAGGAGGGUUUUGAUGAUUGGCGCCGGUAUCGUCUCGACAAGGAAGAGAAUAACCGAGACGCUUUCGUGCUCCGUCCGGGUCAUGGUACGAUCGCGGAUGGUGCUUCCAUUACCAGCAAUGCUCAGCAUUGGGCAUUGAUCAAGUGGAAGGAUAUCCGUGUUGGCGAUGUUAUCAAGCUUGAGCGGGAUCAGCCGAUCCCUGCUGAUAUUGCUCUCCUUCAUGCCAGUGGACCUAAUGGCGUGGCCUACAUCGAGACUAUGGCUCUUGAUGGAGAGACCAAUUUGAAGAAUAAGCAGCCUUGCCAGCCUGUUUCAAAGCUGUGCUCGACGGUCGAGGAUAUCACCAACAACUCGCUACACUUCGUUGUUGAGGACCCCAACUUGGAUCUCUACAAAUUUGAUGGGCAUGUCACCGUCAAUGCUCAAGAGAAGCUACCCUUGACCAACAACGAGAUCGUAUAUCGUGGCAGUAUCAUUCGGAAUACUGACCGCGCCCUUGGUAUGGUCAUUUACACCGGUGAAGAGUGCAAGAUCCGCAUGAAUGCCAACAAGAACCCGCGUAUCAAGAAGCCUUCACUCCAGGAUAAGGUCAACCGUGUUGUCAUGUUGAUUGUAGUCCUGGUUGUUAUUCUGGCUGUCAUUUGCACAGUGGCCUACAAAUACUGGUCGCAAAACGUGGAAAGCAAAUCCUGGUACCUCACCAACGCCAGUGUCGAGUACGGCCCUAUCUUCACCUCGUUCCUGAUCAUGUUCAACACCAUGAUUCCCAUCUCGCUGUACGUCAGUAUGGAAAUCGUGAAGGUUGCGCAGAUGCUGCUUUUGAAUGAUAUCGACAUGUACGACCCCGAAACCAACACACCCCUCGAAGCCCGCACUUCCACUAUCAACGAAGAGCUCGGUCAAGUCAGCUACAUCUUCUCCGACAAGACUGGUACCCUGACAAACAACUCGAUGCGCUUCCGUAAGAUGAGUGUGGCCGGAACCGCCUGGCUGCACGACGCCGAUCUUCAAGAGGAAGCUGCCCGCGAAGGAGACCACACCAAGUUGAUCCACAAGAAGCGAAGCGCCAAGGGAAAGAAGGCGAUGGGCCGCAAGUCCAACGUCUCGGAAAUGCAGAUGGGUCCCCGCCCAUCGAACGUCUCUGGUGCGCUUGAUGCGAUCCGCCAGCCUGGUCGUUCCGCCGUUGCCCACCGUACCGAGGAGAUGAUUGACUAUAUACAACGCAAACCAUACACGAUCUUUGCCCGCAAGGCCAAGCUUUUCAUCCUGUCCAUGGCCCUGUGUCACACUUGCAUUCCUGAGGAAGAUGAGCAUGGUGUUACCACUUUCCAGGCUUCCUCGCCGGACGAGCUAGCCCUUGUCCUCGCCGCACAGGAAAUGGGAUAUCUCGUGAUGGACCGCCAGUCGAACAGCUUGACUAUUCGCACGCAACCCAAUGGCCCGGAUGAAGCUACCAGCGACGAAGUCUACGAGAUCAUGGACGUGAUCGAGUUCUCAAGCGCGCGCAAGCGCAUGUCCGUCGUCGUCCGCAUGCCCGAUCGCCGUAUCUGCCUGUUCUGCAAAGGCGCUGAUACCACGCUGAUGCGUCUACUGAAGCAAGCUGAGCUUGCACAGGAGAAAGCGAACGAGAUUGAGCGACGCGCGAGUAGGCGCAAGGCCGCUGAGGCGACGCAGGUUAUUCGACGCAACAGCGAACAUCAUAGUCGGAAGAACAGUGGAGUCCGCAGCAGCAUGACCCGGCCUAGUUUCACGCGUCGACGCUCUUCUAUCACUGGUCAGAAUGGUUCGACUCUUCGGGCUAGUAUUGAUGUCUGGCUCCGGGAUCGGGAGACUGAUGGUGGAAUUCUGAAUAAGGAGGUUGAUAGUGAGUACUACAGUCCUCGGCCUUCGGCGCAGUUAAGUCGACACUCUGCUGCGAUCUCUGAUUCUGGGAGCUCUACCAAUGGCGAGGAUGAAGGGGAUCUUGUUGAGGAGGCACUUGUUGUUAACGAGACUGCUAUUUUCGAGCGCUGUUUCCAGCAUUUGAACGACUUUGCCACUGAUGGUCUACGGACUCUUCUGUAUGGCCAUCGGUUCUUGGAUGAAACUACCUACAACACCUGGAAGACUGCAUACAAUGAGGCGUGCACUAGCAUUGUCGACCGGCAGGAAAAGAUUGAGCAGGUCGGCGAGCAGAUCGAGCAGCAGCUCGAACUUACUGGCGCCACUGCCAUCGAGGAUAAGCUCCAGAAGGGUGUCCCCGAGGCCAUUGAUAAGCUUCGACGAGCCAACAUCAAGAUGUGGAUGUUGACCGGUGACAAGCGCGAGACUGCUAUUAACGUUGGCCACUCGUGUCGUCUUGUUAAGGAGUACUCCACCCUCACCAUCUUGGAUCAAGAGAUUGGCGAUGUUGAACAGAGCAUCAUCCAUCUUAUUGGGGAGAUUACACGUGGCCGUGUGGCUCACUCCGUUGUUGUGGUUGACGGCCAGACGCUGUCAUCCAUCGAGGCAGAUGAGCCUGUUCGCGAGCGAUUCUUCCAGUUGGCUGUCAAGGCUGACUCUGUCAUCUGCUGCCGAGCCAGCCCCAAGCAGAAGGCCUUCCUGGUGAAAUCAAUCCGUAAGCAUCUCAACGACUCGAUCACCCUUGCUAUCGGUGAUGGCGCCAAUGAUAUUGCUAUGAUCCAAGAAGCACAUGUUGGUAUUGGAAUCACUGGCAAGGAAGGAUUGCAGGCAGCUCGUAUUUCGGAUUACUCGAUUGCACAGUUUCGCUUCCUCCUCAAGCUGCUUCUGGUUCACGGUCGCUGGAACUACAUGCGUGCCUGCAAGUACACGCUUGGCACCUUCUGGAAGGAAAUGUUGUUCUACCUCACCCAGGCGUUUUACCAGCGCUGGAACGGCUACACCGGCACGAGUUUGUAUGAGCCGUGGAGUCUGAGUAUGUUCAAUACUCUGUUCACCUCCUUGGCAGUCAUCUUCCUUGGCAUCUUCACCAAAGACCUAUCGGCAUCAACCUUGCUCGCCGUGCCCGAACUCUACACCAAGGGCCAAAAGCACGGCGGGUUCAAUAUCUGGCUCUACCUCGGCUGGUCAUUCAUGGCAACCUGCGAAGCAGUCAUCAUUUUCUUCACAAUGUACGGCCUCUUCGGCAUGGCAAGCGUCAACCCAAGCGACAACGACACCUUCACACUCGGCCUCCUGACCUUCUCCGCCUGCAUCGUGGUAAUAAACCUAAAACUGCAAGCUCUGGAAGUCCACAACAAAACGUACCUCUCCCUAAUUGUGAUCAUAAUCUCCGUCGGCGGCUGGUUCCUCUGGGACAUAAUCCUCGACCAACAAUACACAAUGUCCUCUGGCAAAGGCGUCUACUACGUACCCCACAACUUCCUCCAACACGCCGGCCACAACCUCCUCUUCUGGACCGUCCUCCUCCUCACAGUGACAGCAGUCGUCCUCUUCGAAUUCACCGUCAGCACCCUGCGCGCCCUCUUCUUCCCAACAGACGUCGACCUCUUCCAAGAAUACGAACAAGACCUCGACAUCCGCAAGCGUUUCGAAGAAGCUGCUGCCUCAGAACUCCAGCAGGGCUGGAAUCGCGGAACGAAGAAAUCUAGCUUCGAGAUUGCGCGUGAGGAUGCAGAGUCUGAGGCCCUUGAGCGGGAGCGUGAACGUCAGGUUGCCGAGUUGCUUGCUAGACCGCGUGUUAUGCCGGAUUCGAAGCCUGCUACCCAGGAGUUCGAGUUGGAUGGGUACACCAGUGCUAGUGGCUCUGCUAGUCAUAAUGGCAGUGUGCCUAGUCGCACGGCUCCGAUUACUGAAGAGGUUGGGACUCAGGGUGUUCCUGAGCGAGGUCAUGGACCUGACACUGCUUCUCCUGGUGAUGGCACUGGUCGUCGUCGCUCUGUCGAAAUCCAGGAGCUUUUCAGUAAAGGCUUUGGUACUGUCCGGAAGGGCCAACUCAAGUGA